ACCCUCGCUCCAGCUCCCUCCGGGAGUCCUCCACUUCCGCUGGGUCACUGCUGUGGCCACUCUUUCUCUCCCCGAAAAGCUCCGAAGGCCGCUCCCUUCUCCAGUGCUGCACGUCCGCCCACACUCGGUGGAUCAGACCAGCGACAUGGAGGGUUGUGUCGGGGAGGAAUCUUUCCAGCUGUGGGAGCUCAAUCGCCGCCUGGAGGCCUACCUGACCCGGGUAAAGACGCUAGAGGAGCAGAACCAGCUGCUCAGCGCGGAACUGGGGGGACUCCGGGCGCAGUCCGGGGAUGCCUCCUGGCGGGCCCGAGCCGACGACGAGCUGGCAGCCCUGCGGGUCCUCGUCGAUCAGCGCUGGCGGGAGAAGCACGAGGCCGAGGUGCAGCGCGACAACCUGGCUGAAGAGCUGGAGGGCGUGGCAGGCCGGUGCCAGCAGGUGCGGCUCGCCCGGGACCGGACCAGCGAGGAGGUCGCCUGCAGCCGGCGCGCGCUCGAGGCGGAGAAGAGUGCGCAGGGCUGGCUGAGCACCCGGGCUGCAGAGCUGGAGCGCGAGUUAGAGGCUGUGCGAGCUGCACACGAAGAAGAGCGCGCGCACCUGAGCGCGCAGGCUGCCUGUGCGCCACUCCGGCUCGCCGCGCCGCCCCGCAGACCGCCCGCUCAGGCCCCCGAGGUGGAGGAGUUGGCCCGAAGGCUAGGCGAAGCGUGGCGCGGGGCGGUGCGCGACUACCAGGAGCGCGUGGCUCACAUGGAGAGCUCCCUGGGCCAAGCUCGCGAGCGACUGGGCCGAGCCAUGCAGGGUGCUCGGGAGGGUCGCCUUGAGCUGCUGCAGCUUCAGGCUGAACGCGACGGCCUCCAGGAGCGCAGAGAGGCUCUGGAGCAGAGGUUGGAGGGCCGCUGGCAGGAUCGGCUGCAAGCCACUGAAAAGUUCCAGCUGGCUGUGGAUGCCCUGGAGCAGGAGAAGCAGGGCCUACAGAGCCAAAUUGCUCAGAUCCUGGAAGGUGGGCAGCAACUGGCACACCUCAAGAUGUCACUUAGUCUGGAGGUGGCUACAUACAGGACACUGCUGGAGGCUGAGAAUUCCCGGUUGCAAGCACCUGGCCGAAGUUCCCAGGCUUCCCAUGGCUUUCACGACCCUAAGCUGAAGCUGCAUUUCCUUGGGACACCAGAGGAUCAGCACCUGGGAUCUGUGCUCCCUGUCCUCAGUCCAACACCCCUCCCUUCCCCCAUGCCCAAUACCCUUGAGACACCAGUGACAGCCUUUCUGAAGACCCAGGAAUUCCUUCAGGCCCAAACCCCCACCUUGGCCAGCACACCCAUCCCACUCACGCCUGAGGCUCCCUGCCCUGCAAAAGCAGAAGUCAGAGGCCAGGAUGCCCCUCUUUCUCUGCUCCAAACACAGGGUGGGAGGCAACAGGGUCCAGAGCCUCUCUGGACUGAAGCCACAGUGUCUGUUUCCACCAGUGAGGAGCCUGGGGGCAAGCAGCCCAGCCACUUCCCCAAGGAUCUGACCUCCUCAGCCCCACCCCUUAACCCUCAUCACCCUGUGUUAGAGACUAAAGAUGAAGAAUCCAGUGAGUCUAGAGUUUCUAGCAUAUUCCAGGAAGAUGAAGGGCAAAUCUGGGAGCUAGUAGAGAAAGAAGCUGCCAUGGAGGUAAAGGUAGAGAGCAGCUCGGCACAGGAGACACAAGAAGAUGGUCUGGGCACGGGAGAAAUCCAGGAUUCCCAGGGUCCUUUGCAAAAGGAAACCCUAGAGGCUCCAGAAGAGGAGCCAAUGAUGUCUCUGAAAAUCCAGAGCCAUAAGACACCAGGGAAGGAGAAUUGCAAUUCUCUGAGGUCUAUAGACCAGAACCUGGGAACUCUAAAAAGCUCAGAAGAAAAACAAACAGUACUGAAGUCUUUAGAAGAAAAGGAUGUAGAGUCAGAGAAAACUCUAGAAAAGGGGCUUCCUGAGCUGUUUAAGCCUUUAGGAAAAGAAGAUCCAGGAAUUGAAGAUGAUCAAGAAUUAAUAUCUCCUGAAGGUGCAGUAGAGACAGUUUCAUCUAUAGGAAAGGAAAAUCAAGAAGUAGUGAGAUCUUCAGAAGAGGAGAACUUAGAGCCAGCUUUUGAAAAGGAAAGCCAGCAUCCACUGGGAUGUCCAGAAGAAGAGAACCAGAUGGUUGAGAAACUUGUAGAAAAGGAGGGUCAGGAGUCCCUGAGGUCUCUGGAAGAGGAGGACCAGGAACCCUAUAGAUGUCUAGAGAAAGAGAAUGGGGAGCCAUUAAAGUCUGUAGAAGAAGAGGACCAGUUGGUUGAGAAGCUGAUCGAAAAGGAGGGUCAGGAGUCCCUGAGGUCUCUGGAAGAGGAGGACCAGAGUACUGCGAAGCCUCUAGAAAGAGAGAAUCAGGAAUCUCUGAGGUCUAUUGAUGAAAUCCAGGAGACCAUUAUAUCACUAAGAAGCAAGAACCAGAAGCAACUGAAAUCUCUAGAAGCAGAAGAGGAGCAGAGGAUUGUGAAACCUCUAGCAAAAGAAGUGGAGCUCCUGAGGUCUCUCGAAGACAAUGACCAGAUGACUGGAAGCCUGCUACAGAACGAGACUCAGGAGUCUCUGGGCCUGUUACAGAACGAGACUCAGGAGUCUCUGGCAUCUCCUAAAGAUCGAGACCAGGAGACCCAGGAUCCACAGAGGUCUCUAGAAGAAGAGGACCAGAGGAUUGCGAACUAUCUAGAAAAAGAUCAGGAGUUCCUGGGGUCUUUAGAAGAAGAGCAGAUGGUCAAGCAAUCUCUAGAAAGGGAGAACCAUAAAUCGCUGAGUUCUGUAGAAAAAAAGGACUGGGUGACUGAGAACCUGCUAGACACAGAGAGUCAGAACUCCUCUUUUGAAGAGGAGAACCAGCAGAUCUUUAGAUCUCUGGGAAAAGAGACUCCAGAGUCCCUGUGGUCUCCCGAAGAGCAGGACCAAGAGAUACAGAGAGCUCUUCAGCAAGAGACUGGACAGAUAGUGAGGGCUGUAGGGGAUGAGCAGCUGGCAGUGAGACAACCGGAGUUAGAGGAGCCUUUUGGAAGACAGAGCCCAGUGUCACUGGAAGAAGGAGCGGAGACAGUGAAGUCUUCAGAAACAGAGAACGUCGAACCACUGAAGAGUGCUGAGGCAGGCCUGGAAAUAGAGAACUCUGUGCAAGCUCAAGAGCCAUUGUCUCUAGAAGUGACUAGAGAGACAGUGAAACCUCUAGAAAAUGAAAUUCAGGAAUCACUGGGGUAUGUGUAUGGGAGCCAAGAGACCCUGAGACCCCUUGAAAGGGAGAAUCAAGAAUUGAGAUCUCUUGACAAGUGGAACCCAGAGACUGUGGAAUCUCCAGAAGGGAUGGGGGUGGCUGGGCAGCAGCUGGAAGUAGAAGGCUGCGUAGAUAUGAAUGAGCACCAAGAAUCAGCGAGGUCUCUGGUAGAGGUAGGGCAGGAGCUGCCUGGCUCUGGAAAUCAGCAAAGGUGGGAGGACAUGGUGGAAGAUGGAGCAGUAAAUCAGGACCCAGUCCUAGGGAGGACAGGAGUGGAAAGUGAGGAUGAGGCAGAGCUGCCCCUGAGUGGGCAAAGUAGGGAGGAAGAAGCUGCUGAGGACAGGGAGCUGCAGCUACAAGUCAUGGGGGAGGCCUGUAGCCUGGGGAGCUCUGAGCCCAAGCAGCAGAGGGUCCCUAGUGAGGAAGACUGCAGGAAGGGGAGCACUGAGGCCUUCCAGGACAUGGAGGGACCACCAGAGCAGGUGGGGACCUUAGAGGUCUCAGUUGCCCAGGGAAUGCCAGAAGUGACAGAGCCCCUGUUGCAAGAUGAGGCUAUAGCCCAAACAGGUGAACAAGACUCCAAAGAGCUUGCCCUGGGCUCAGAGGCUGCUACCAGAGCUGGACUGGAGCAGGAAGUGAUAGGGUUAGGGGAGCCAAAGUAUCUGGCCAAGGAGGAGGCCAUUCACCCAUCCCUGGGGGAGCAAAGUGUAGAAGUAAAGUUAGCUCAGGACUUGGAAGGGCCUGAAAAAGAACCAGCAGAGGCAGGUGCUCUGGAGUCAGAGAUCUUUGAACUGCCCAAGACUAGCAGGGAUGCUCUAGAACCCAAGAGCUUCAAGGAGUCAGAGCCUGCAGUGGGCUGGGGAGUAGAGGAUACCUCAGUGGAGAUCUCAGACCAUGAGAGCAGUGCUGUCCCUCAGCCCAGGCUCUCAGAGACAGAGCAAGAUGAGGACGCACAGGCGGUCCUGGCACUCCCUGGUCCCAAGCUCAUGGAACCCUGUUCGUACAUCCCAACCCUGGAAGAUGCCUGUGACCUGCAGCCCCAGGCUGAGGGGAUUCAGGAAGCUGGGUGGCAGCUAGAAGGUGGGUCUGAAGCUCUGGGGAAAGUAGAAGAUGAGCAAGAGUUUGCUCUGAGGGAGACCCCCGAGGGCCUCCAAGAUUGGGAGGAGAGCAGAGAAGAAAGUGAGGCAGAUGAGUUAGGGGAAACUCUCCCGGACUCUACUCCCCUGGGCCUCUACCUGAGGUCCCCUACCUCCCCAAAGUGGGACCUAGCUGGAGAGAAGGGGCUCUCCCCUCAAGGAGAGGCCAGGAAGGAAGGCUGGGGUCCUCCUGUCCUCAGUAGCCCACCAGGGGAGGAGGAACAAGGUCCCGACUCUGACCUGUCAUCUGAGGAAUUUGAGGACCUGGGGACUGAGGCCUCUUUUCUGCCAGGGGUUCCCAAGGGGGUGGCAGAUCAUCUGGGCCAGGUUCUCCCAGUACUGGAGCCUGAAUGCUGGGGUCAGGGUGGGGAGUCUGACGGCUUUGCUGAUGAAGAAGAGAGUGGGGAGGAGGGAGAAGAAGAGCAUGAGGAAGGGGCUGAGUCAGGGGCUCAGUGGUGGGGGCCAGGGCCCUCUGGUGGGGGUUUCAAGGUCCAGGAUAUCACCCAAAGAGGGGACCUGGAACAGGGGUCUGCGGGUGUCAGUGGUCCUUGGGAUGAUGGCUUGAGAGGUGCUGCAGCUGAUAGCUCUGUGACUGCCCUGGACGCUGAGUCAGAGGGGUCUGAGUCUGUCUCCUUGGAGGGAGAGGACCAUUUGGAUGCCCCCCAAGAGGUGACUAGCAUGGUCCCAGGGGUUGGAGACACCCAGAGCCCCAACUCGGAGUUAGAGCACGUGAAUGGGAGGGUGGAGAAUGGAUUAGAGCAGUCUGAGGGGCAGGGAGUUCUGGAUGGGGACCAGGACCAGGAACGCCUUUUACAGGAACAGGAAGUGGGUGCCCUAAAGGCCCCUUUGGUAGUGUCUCCUGUGCACCUAGGCCCAAGUCAGUCCCUGGAAUUCCCUCUGAGUGGAGUAGAUGGAGAUUCCUGGUCCUCAGGGGAAGACUAGAGAAUGCUUCUCUGGCUCUGAGGACUUAAUGGUGGAGAGGAUGUCCUUCCUGAUCUGGGCCAGCACCCUUAGCUUUGAUAGCUUGACCUGUGGUGUCCUAAAGAGGUGGCUGACUGAGGGAGAUGAGGAAGGCUCAAGCCAGCUGAGCCCCUGUAGUUCUAGGCCCCCUUUCUUCUGCAUCUCACCUGCUGGAGAAGCUUGGGCUCAGAGCUUUCGCAUGUGCUGCUCUGGCCAGGUCUUGUUAGCCCUGCCUGUCUACAGUAGUGCCAUCCCCACAAGGUCAGGUCUGGCCUAUGCCCAGAGGAGCUGAGGGCAGCAAUUAGGACUGACCCUUCACCUCAUCUCAGUCUGCUGAGACCUUGUUCUGCUCUUUUUUGUUUAAAUAAAGUUGCAUCUCUCCCUA